AUGUAUUCAGCCAUUCACAAAGAAUACAUCGCAGCUCAGAAUCGCCAGAAGAUUUUAAUCGGUUACAAAAGACAAGCUAUCUAUGUACGGGGUAAUUACUUAUUCCGUACGGAUGGUUUAUUUCUCUCCGUCUUACCUUUUCAGGCUUAUAGCAAUCAACGGCGUCUGAAUGCUGAACUAAAGGAACUCUAUGCAAAACUGAACGUUUUUCGUGAACAGGUAGACGCGUGGAGCAAAGUUGUAGGUGAAUUCAACAAGUCGCUGAAGGAACUUGGUGAUGUGGAGAAUUGGGCCGCGAGGAUGGAACGAGAGGCUCUCAUCUUGGACGGUUGUCUUCGACUCGCAUUGACACACUCCACUCCCGAGACAGUUUUCCGACAACCGAACACUCAAUCUCCUGCUAUUUCGCACCCCUGA